UGAAUUCCAUGGUGAAGGAUUCUGUCGUUUAUUUCCUCUGGAACCGAUCGACAGCAACAACAACAAGUUGCAUUUAUAUAGCGCCUUUCAAGUCAGAAAGAUGUCCCAAAGCACUGGAACAACGACCGAGGGUGGAACAAUGAAGUUGUUUGUGUUUUUAGUACUUUUUUUAUUUGAGUCACAUUUGGCAAGUGGACAGAAUGGAGAUCCUCCAGAAGCACCUACUGAUCUACGUUGCCUAUCCCAGAGCCUCGCCACUAUCGUCUGUUCAUGGAACCCAAACACAAGCCUCGAUACCACCUACACUGUCUGCCAGGACAGUUCAAGAAAAUGCACCUCAGUGGGAAGAAACACCUCUGUUGAAUUACAGUUUUCUCUGUUCAAGACUUUGCAAAUAAGAAUCAUUGCUAAUAAUUCCCUGGGCACACAGGAGUCGGAUAUAUUUACAGUGAACGAAAGCAAUAUCGUGUUUCAGCCUCACACACCGCGUAUGGUCAGGGUGUUCAGAGAGGAAUCAGACCUGGAGCUGCUGGUGGAGUGGAGCGAUGGUGCUGAUAUGUACAGCUUUGAUUUAAAUCUCCUGUUCCAGAUCCAGGUCAUCCAAACACAGAGCCUGAAGGAGGUCGGGACAGGGAAUCGCAGUGUGACUCUGAACCCUGGACAUAACCGAAUACUGCAGUGGAGCUGGCUGACAGAGAUGCGUCAAUGCACGUCUCACUCUGUGAGAGUCCGCUGUAUCAGCAAUGAACCUCAGUACCUGUUUGCUGGGAUCAAAGCUUGGAGUGACUGGAGCCCGUGGUCAACAUUGGAUGGAGAGGAUGUGUCCAAUCAAACCAGUAACCAUAUCUACCCUAAAGACGCGAUCGUCCUGGAAGCAGGAACCAAUAUGACAUUUUGCUGCAUCGCUGGUGUGGGAAGUUUUGUUAAAAGACUCACUUGUCACCCCGACGUCCCACAGAAUCUGACCUGUGAAACACGGGACUUGAAGACUCUGAAUUGUACCUGGGACCCGGGAAGAUUUACGGGACUGACUGCAGAACGCAAUACAAUCUACACUCUCAGUCACGGAUCAACAUCUCUCACGUGUGAUAAAGCUUCGCAGACCUCAGCAUAUUACUGGUGUGCUUAUACACUCUCCAAUACAAGUCAAUAUAAUAUCUCACUGACUGCUGAAAACCCACUGGGGAAAACACAAGCCAGCAUCUCAGUCAAUGUCACCCGAGUAGUUCACCCCUUUGCUCCUGAUAAUCUAAGGCAAGGACUCGUCACUGCAGACACAAUCACUCUGUUGUGGUUGGACCCAGUGAAUUACAAAGGCAUUUGGCUGAUGUGUGAGAUUGUGAUCAGCGAAGAGGGGGGUAAAAGCACGUUGCUCAACUACUCGGUACGUGGAGAAUCGCCGUAUAAAAGCCACGUGGUACAGAUAGACCGAUUGCGAGCCAACACAUUGUACACCAUCAGAGCCCGCUACACGUCUCAGCACUUCUGGAAGUGGAGUGAAUGGAGUAACACAGUGACUGUGCGAACCCAGCAAGCUGCUCCAUCAGUGGGUGUGGACGUCUGGAGAGACAUUAGUGUGAAUGGUUCCAGACGGAUGGUCACGCUUUUCUGGAAGUCCCUGUCAGACGCUGAGGCUAAUGGGCCAAUCGAGUCCUACACAGUGACAUGGAAGAAGGUGGGAGAUGGUGCUGUGAGCAGUGAGGAGGCCGUGAGCACCAGCACAGAGCUGGAGCUGGACACAGCUGCCUACAGCGUCAGUGUGGUCGCCAGGAACAGUGCUGGACUCUCUCCUCGCUCCACUAUCACCAUCCCUCCUCACAGAGGUGAUGUAGCUGUGGAGGUGGAGAGAGUGACUGGUUCGGAAGGUGGAUUCAACUUAAGUUGGGAGAGCAGACACCACAGGAGCUGUGGCUACACUGUGCAGUGGUGCAGACCCCCUGACUGCCAGCCAGAGUGGCUCAAAUUACCCUCCAACCUCCGGCACGCCGUCAUCCGAUCAGAUGUCUUUAAACCUGGAGUGCGCUACAACUUCUCAGUGUAUGAGUGCAGGCCGGACGGUGAUUACUUACUGGAGGAACAGGUUGGCUACACAAAAGAACUAGCGCCCACUGAUGGGCCUGAGGUGACAGUGAGGGAGACGGCGGGGGAUUGGAUUUGGCUGCAGUGGGAGGACAUCCCCCAGGACAAGCUACGAGGGUUUAUUGAGGGAUUUAACAUCUAUUAUAUCAAGAGCAACGCCUCGUCCCCAGCCUGGCUCAGCCAGCCCGCAAAGACGAUACGAGCCUCGGAGAAGAAGAUCUUUAAGAUCAAUGGCCUGAAUCCUGGCACAACGUACAACAUCGCUGUGAGCGCCUUCACUGGAGGAGGGGAGGGUCCGGUCAAACUGACCAUGGUCACUACCCUGAACAGCCCCCUCACCCUGAUCCUGGGCAUCACUGUACCUCUCCUCCUGGCCCUAAUACUGGGACUGAUGCUCAGUGUCUUCUGCUAUCGCAAACAGGAAUGGAUCAAAGAGAGCUUUUAUCCUGACAUUCCCGACCCCAAUAACAGCAAAGUUCUGCAGGAUGGAAAUUUCUUUCAGGGAGUCACCACCUGCAGUACGCUGGAGCCCAGGGACUGCAUCCCCAACGAGGUGCAGGUGGUGGAGGGCAGACAGCUGGCGAUGGAGGGCAGGAAGGGCAGCCUGUACGAGUCAAUCCCUGACGACACAUCCAACCAGGAGAGCCAGAGCCAAGGCGUGCUGUCCUACACCCCACAGCGGGUAUCAACCGAUACCAACCUGCCCUCCAACACCUCGGGCCGCACAAACCUAGCCUUCGACGUCUCCUCUCUGCCGCCCUCGCCUCCGUGCCCGAGCCAGGUCACCUACUCCACUAUCCAGAGCUCUGGGUACCAGCGGCAGGGCAGGCCGGGGCCCGAGCAACCACAGGCGCAGACAGAUAUCGUUGUGAAGUCUGGUUACCAGCCCCAGAUCCACUCCCACACCCCCCCAAGUGCUGCCCCUCAGGACCUCUCCUCCCCAGAGGUAUCCCUGCCCACACACUGCGGGUACAAGCCCCAGAUGCAGCCUGACAGCCUGGGCAUCGCUGACCAGCAGCCCCCCAUCACCACCCCCAUCGGCAGCCCCACAUCCGUCAAUUCCCAAACAUUCCUGCUCGCAGAGCAAGAGAGCGCUGAGCUCCCAGCCGGGAACAGGAGCUGGCCUCUCUCCUCCUUCUUCAACACAUGAACAGCUCCAAGUCCUUCUUGCAGCUCCUCCCUCCCUCCCCCCACCCCCGAACUGUCACUGGAAGCCAGGGGCAGAGGCCAGGAUUAUACCCUGAGGGGAGCCCAGGCCAAACCUUCCUGGUCCUCUCAGCUCUCCUGUGUGUCCUCAGCGUAAAAAUCCCACAACACGAUCGCAACACAGAAGGACGUUUCUCCCGGUGUCUAGGCCGACAAUUCCGCACAUAAACCGUCCGUUCACGUCCUGGCCGGCAGCUUUGGGACCUCACUGUGUGUAUUGGCUGCUGCUUCUCCCUGUCUGACAGUCAGUCUGACAGUCAGUCUGAUAGUCUGAUAGUCUGCACCCGACAGGGAUUGUGUUCUUUGAGAUGUUCCCACGUGACCCAAGUGCUGCAUAAACACAAGUUCUUUCUUUUUAUACCAGUUAAUAUAUUCCUCCCCACCCCCCCCA